AUGGCGGAUCCUUCCAUGUACAACUUUCUCGCACAUAACCACUCCGGUUCCAAACCCACCACCUCUUCCAACCCCACAGCAGGAAAAAGACAAUCCCAAAUGGGUCCGCCGUCGUCGACGACGUCGUCUACUCAUCACCGGCUCUUUCAGUGUCUCUACUGUCCCCGGAAGUUUUAUACAUCUCAAGCUCUCGGCGGCCACCAAAACGCUCAUAAGCGGGAGCGAGCCGCCGCUCGCCGGAACAUUAACAUUCCUCCGAGCUCCACAACACUGUCUGACCACAUGAACCAAUUUGCUCACCAUUAUCGUCCGGCUCAUCCUCUGCAACCGGCAGGGUUAGAGGUGGAAACGACGACGUCCCAUGUGAGCCUUGAGUUGCAGCGGCAGCACCAGGGUGGACCUUUUCUUGAAACAUGGCUCGAGCCAAAUCAGGUAGCUGCUGGUGGUCACGGUCAUCAUCAUCAUCAUCAUCACCAUCAUCAGCAGCACUUCACAGCUCCAGUACUAUCUGGGUCGGUUCCAUUUGGUUUUGUUGGUGAUGAUCAUCAUGCUCAUCAUCAUCAUGGAGUGGUGGGGCCCAUUGCUCGUCCUGAUCAUGAUCAUCAAGCUCUAUCUUCAUCUGAUUUUGUUGCUACUUCUGCAGAUGAAUGUCUUGAUGUUGACCUCACUCUCCGUUUAUGA